AAUGUGCCGCCUUCUUAAUUAUUCAUGUUUAGAUCGUCCACAGAGAUCUGACAAGGCCUAAAGAUAAAGAGUGCAUCGUAAUCUUGAUUGUGCUGUUGUUCUUGACACCUUGAAGUAUUACAAGCGAAUUUUUUACGCUUCUGUAGGAGUAGUACACACAGGAAGCCAGGAAUGCCAACUUGCAGAAGUGACAUCUAGCGCUCAGAAGCUGAACGGCAGCCAGGAUAGCGACGCCGUCAUCUCUGUAGUUUCCGUGGAAACGAACGACAGCACAUGCGCACUGGACCAAGCUAUACAGCAGCACCCUCUCCAAGCCCUGAUUCUGCUGGCCCCCUCCCACCCCCAUGUUUCUGCGGAGGACCAGACAGACCACGGCUGCCACCAGUGGCUGUGCGCACCUACCAGACAGGCUUGGCCGAACCAGCUCUCCGCUCCGAGGGUACUGGACAUGUUCCCAUCCCCAGAGCAGCUGGCAACCAUGUAGUUUGACGUCAUGGAGGCCUACAGAUGGAAGUCAGCCUAUGUCCUGUACAACAAGCGGUCAGAGUUCUAUCGGUGUCUUGAAGCCAUGGGGAACAUGGUGACAAUAAGACGGUGGCACCUGUGGUUCCGGGAAGUUCCCGCCAGGGUGGCCACCCAGGCGGACAGAGACUCUGUGGACGCCAUCUUGUCUGACGUUCAAACUUCCAGACGGAUCCACAUCGUGAUGAUGACAGAUGAUGACGUCAUUGACGCCAUAUUAGAACAGGCUUUCCACAGAAUGCUGCUGACGUCACAGAGUCACUGGAUCAUCACCAACUUUGAUGCCCAUAAGAAACAGCUGGACAGUUUUCGGCACAGUGGAGCCCGCUUCACGUUACUUAGCCUGUUUCCAGACAAAUCCACCCCAGGCUCGUCUGAUCUGGCACUGACUGGCAGGAACCGGUCUACACCACAUCGGAACCAAACAGUACCAGAUGGAACACCAAACCGGUUGGAUUUGGGACGAACCGGUGAAAAAACAUCCAUGACUGAACUGGACGGGUUCGGUUUCAGCAAACCUGGACAGAACCUGACCAGACUGGACCGGUGCAGGGAUCCGUUGUCCAACGCGGCACUUCUAGCCCGGGAUUCAGUGUCCAUCCUGGCAGAUCUGCUAUCCUCCUCGGAAGAGCAAAAAACGUCCAGACCAUUUGAAGCCUGGCAGGGACAAGAAAACUGCAGCCAGAUAAACCAAAGUUCUGAGGUCAAGUUUCGUGGUGCCAGUGGGGAUGUGUCGUUUGACGGCUGUGGCAAGAGAACUGACGUCAACAUCUACAUCCACGAGUACAGCGAUGGCAUGGAAAAAGAGGUAGGGUCCUGGAAGACAGAUGGCGCUGUUGAUAUGAACUCCACCAUUGGUUACGUGGAGAUGAACAGUCUUCUGGGAGGACGGCACCUUCAGGUCUACGGUUACCUGAGUAAACCCUUUAUCAUAAAGAAGAAACACGCUAAUGCGGAGGGUCUGACCGGGCGUGACCGUUACGAAGGUUUUAUGCUUGAUAUGACCGACAUGUUGGCCGCUCGGUUAAACUUCACCUGGAACCUGACCAUGGGUACUGACUACAAAGGUGCCAUAACAUCGGGAAAGUACGACUUCGUGUUGUUCCCGAUGUCCAUACGCUCGCGCCGCAUGAAAACGAUGCAGCUGUCCAUCCCUCUGCGCACACGUGGAUACUUCCUGACCAUGAAGAAGUCAGACCGUCGUCUCCCCGGCAUGUUCCAGUUCAUGGCACCCUUCUCUAAGAGGGUCUGGCUGUGCUUUGUGGCUGCCAUCGUGUCUGUGAGUCUGGUGCUGGCCGCCAACAAUCGCUACAACCCAAACGAGUGGGGCAUCGCGGCAGCACGGGGAGCUGUCUCCCAGGACCAAGCCAACAACCUCAACCUCCCUAACAGCCUCUGGUCCACCUGGGGUGCAGCUGUGGGGCAGGGUCCAGAGUUCCUGCCUCGGUCCUAUGCAGGGAGGGUGGCUGCCGGGACCUGGUGGUUCUUCGUGCUUGUGGCCAUAGCAUCUUACACAGCCAACUUGGCGGCCUUCCUGUCACAGGCCUCUGUUCAGCAGGAGAUCAAGACCCUGUUUGACCUUGCUGAACAGGAAGACGUUCCUUACGGGACCUAUAAGCAUUACAGUAUCGUGUCAUUUUUCAAGAAGUCCAAGGAGGAGCCAUACAAGACCAUUGGAAGAUACCUCACUGAGAAUGCAGACCAGGUUCUGACAGCCGAUUCCCGUCAGGCCAUGGACCGGGCUAUCAAGGGUGACUACAUCUUCAUCUCACCCACCACCUACGAGUACGAGAUCCUUAAAGAGAGGUGCGACAUGGUCAUCCUGUCCAGCGACUACUUCUUCAAGUUUCAGGUGGCACUUCCGUUCCCGCUGGAGUCACCGUACGUGCCAGAGGUCAACCUGGCCCUGAUGCACAUGGCUCAGGAUGGAGAGAUGGACCUUCUGGAGAACAGGUGGUUCAACAAGAAGAAGGACCACUGCAAGUCUGACAAGGCCAAGAGUCAAGGUGUUCUGGGAAUGGACAACUUUGGUGGGCUGUUCUACUUCCUGGUGAUGGGGAUGGGGGGUGCCAUGGUGGUGUUCUUUGUGGAGUGGAUCUGGUUCAUGUUUCAGCGCCCGGCCGACGGGUCCAACUCCGCCUACUCACAGCCCAACAAGAACAACAAAAAUAACAACACAGCCGUGGUGUAGGGAUGUGUACCUAAACGUUACAUCAGGUACAGGUACAAAGGAUCAGGUACAGGUCCGAACCUGAACCUGUACCUAAACAAUUUCACCAAUUAACAUGCUCUUUUGAACUCCUUCAACAACGAGAAAAACAGUAACAAACUAGAAAGGCCGACAUUUGCUUGGGAGCAAAUACAGCAUAUUUCAGUCCAUCUUCCUCCCACACAAAAGUGGACUAUUCCAAACUUACCCUCCAUAUGGUAUGGACUGAAAUAUAACUAAGAUGUUUUUGUUUUCAUCUCCUACCAAGUGGCCUCAUGCAACUCAAACUGACCAAAGUGACAUCUAGAGGGAGCAUAACUAAUAUGCAACAGAUCUUUCAGCAUGUUUAACACUGUCAGUGUGUAACACAAACACACAGUCCUGUCUCUGGGACCCAUGGGGGACCAGCUAUUUCCCUAUUUUAGGUCACAGAUAAGCAUAUAAUUAGUGUAACUCUGUACAGGUACAAGUACAGGUACUGAGGGAUUAGGUAUUUUGGACCUGUACCUAAUCAAUUUUUCCGGUACAGUAUCGGUACAGCGUACAGGUACACAUCCCAGCCGUGGUGUAAGAUGGAAAAAGUGGGAAAAUGUUUUUUUGCCUGUUCAACUUAGGGCUCUAGCCAGCACCAAUUUUUCCUGAACUUUUUCAGUGUGUGACAGACAAUUUUUUAAAAUCAAUCCAACCUAGACAGACAAUAUUAACAAAAUCUUGGGUAAAAAUAUCAACCCAAGACAUCCAAAGGACCACCAACGAUCACUCUCAACAUCAUGAUUUGCCUGACUCAAAAUGCAGGAAAUUGUGUCUUUGAAGGCUUGAAAAUCCAAAAGUUUCCCAGAGGAAGCAUGCCCCCAACCUGAGCCUGCAAAAAAGAAAGUCUGAUAAAAAAGCCUAUAAAAAUAUUCAAAAAAUAAGCCAAACCCCAAACCUCUGCUUGGAGAGUAGCAUAUGGAUAUGUGUAUAACUUACCUAAUACAGUAUGUGACCCCUUGAACUUCACAUAUAUUUACAUGAGAUCAUUAUACAUGUAAUAUCUAAGAUGAUGAUGAGUGGUUAUAUCAUAAUUAUACCUUUUACAUGACAGAGAAUAAAAAUGUGUCAUUCACCAACAAAACAGGACAAGGAGUUUGUAGCCUGUCUAUUAAUGCUGAAUAUGGCUACUUUGUUCAACAGAGAUGCCAUUAACUCAUGUUUACUUUUAGCUUGCUCUGGCUAGUAUUAAGACACAUGUAUAUACUACAAGAUAUAAGAUAAUGUACGUAUUAUAUAUGUGUGUGUGUGUGUUAAAUGUUAAGUGUUGAUUAAUUGGAACGAAAACAGUGUGCAAUAUGGAGUACUAGUGUUGCUAUAAGGUUUGUUGCUGUAUGUAAGGCCACAGCAAGUGAAUUUUAUC